UAUCGUGACUUUGAUCCAUUCAGAUACCAACUUCCAACUACUAAUGCUACAGAAAAUUCCCAUAUAUACCCCAGGCCUUUGGUUGCAUACAGCAUGAGGAGGGUCUAUUUUAGAAGUCCUACCGUAAUGCGAGAGACAACUGAGGCCAAACCCAGGCAACCAAAAAUUAGCAAGCAAAUAUGCGAAAAUUCGAUUACACAGAUGCAGGAACAGAAUUUGGUCAAGUUGGAUAAAUUACAAAAAGUCAUGGGGCCAACAGCAUUUGCUGUUCUAUGUUGUGAAAUUACCAAAGAACUUGAAAGAUAUAUGGAGAAAAGAUACCAAAACACAACAACAAAGAUUAAUGAUUACCACAACUCAUCAUCAUAUUCAGCUUCGGUCUUCCAAUUUCCUCAGUUUGUACAAAAUUUUCUUCCCAGUAAUGAAAUUGCUGAGCCACAAUUUAAGAAACCUGCUUCUCCAGUCAUCCAGAGUUCUUUGACAAGAUGCAGUGCUUUCACACACCCUGGAGAUCAAACAAUCCAGUAUGGUUCUGCUGAGGUUCAAAAAUCAAAUUGCAAUCAAUUGACAAGAUCAGAAGGUACUUUUCUUAAGCCAUUGCCAGUAUUAAAAAACAAACAAUCUGUUAAGACUGCAAACUGUAAACAAACUGAUGCAGCUCGAGAAAGGAAAGUAAAUCAAGAAAAAAAGACAGAUCAAUUUUCAGAAUUUGACUUGUCCAACUGCUUUCCAACCAAAAAAUCACAGAAGCGUAAAUUGGAAGAAACAAAGAGUGUAAAGAGAGCGAGCAAAAAUGAUUCAAAAACAAGAACAGAAUCUUCUGGAUUUGAAACCCCAAGUCCUUUUCGAAGUAAUCAACCGAAGAAAAGAAAAUUGAUAGAAGAAGAGAGUGUGAACAAAACUCAUUCAAACACGAGAGCAGAUUCUUCUGGGUUUGAAACCCCAAGUCCUUACCCAACAAAGAAAUCACAGAAAAGUAAAUUGAUAGAAGCAAAAAGGUUGAACAAAGAUAAUUCAAAAACGAGAGCAGAUUCUUCUGGGUUUGAAACCCCAAGUCCUUACCCAACAAAGAAAUCACAGAAAAGUAAAUUGAUAGAAGCAAAAAAGUUGAACAAAGAUAAUUCAAAAACGAGAGCAGAUUCUUCUGGGUUUGAAACCCCAAGUCCUUACCCAAGUAAGAAAUCACAGAAAAGUAAAUCGAUAGAAGCAAAAAAGUUGAACAAAGAUAAUUCAAAAACGAGAGCAGAUUCUUCUGGGUUUGAAACCCCAAGUCCUUACCCAACAAAGAAAUCACAGAAAAGUAAAGUGUCAGAUGUUAAAAAAGGAAAGAGAUUAAGUAAAGAUCCAUCCAGUGAUCUGGCAAACAAAAAAUCAACUUCCCCUAUUGCUAAUUUCCUGUUGAAAAAUUGGACAAUUCUGUUGGUUAACAAUUGUCUAAGACUAAUGGGAAAUAAAUACUCUAUAGACAACUUAAAGCUUUUGGAGAAAAGCUUUAUAACAGGUGCAAUUGAAUCUGUAAAGAAGGUUGAUGGGAAUUCAAUUGUAAAAGCAAGCAAAAUGACUUAUUGUUUAAUUGGAGAGCUUAACGAUUAUAAAAACGAACUUCCUCCUGAAGUGAAACAAUUGUGUGGUAACGGCUUCCCCAGCCAGUGGAAGAAAUUGUUAACAUUCUGGAAAUCAUUGGAUCCAAAAAGCAAAGAACAAACUCCUGUUAUGAAGGAAACUUCUAAAAACGAGAGAAAAAACGAAGACAUGGGAAUGAAGGCCAAAAAAAUUACAAAUUCUAUAUUUGAGCAAGUCAUGGAAAACGAUAGCUUCAUGUGUAAUAGAGCAGUAACACCAAGUGCCCUUCUGCGAUCUGUUGAAAAGCUGAAUACAUCUUUUAACAAAGAAUUAACUCCCCCAACAAUGUUUAUAAGUAAAAUAUUUGAUAGAAAUCAAGAAUGAUCAUUUUUAGCUGAAUUUAAAAGGUUACAGUAAGUUUUUUUUCCCCUUCUUCUUCAAGUAAAUGUAGCUUAAUCAACGACCUUCCCAGCAAGAGAUACUCUUGCUCUGUUUUCAUCACUAGUUUAUCUGUUUAUUUCCUUUUAUAUUACUGAAAAAUAUAGAAGUUACAGCCCUAUAAAUAGGACACAUAUGAUAAUAUAACAAAAACUAAUCUCUGAAAUUGUGAAAUGCAUCUGAUAUAUAAUAACAGUAGGAAUAGGCAGAAUAAGAUCAGUGGUUCAAAAUCCCCACAUUCAUUAGUAAAUUAUAUAAAUUUAAGCUAUAUUUUGCUUAUAGUUAAAACAAUUAUGUAUUUAUUGUGCAGGAGAGGAUUGCAAAUACUGAUUCUCUUCAGUAAAAUAUGUGGAGCUGUGCUUGAAUUCCCUGUUGCAAUAUUUGAUUAUUAUAAAAUAAUGUAAAUAUAAUUUUAUUUAUAAUUAAUGAUCAAAGAAAAUAAUACUGUUGUUUUUUAAAUUUAUUUAAUGUAAACCCUACUAUGUAUAAAACAUUUACAUGGAAUAAAUCAGUUGUUAUCAA